AUGUCAGACCCGCUUGACGAUUCGACAACCGACAUCUGGGCGUCCCCGGACCAGAACGAGCCCGCCGAGCGACCCAAGACCCCCAGGACGCCCAAGACACCCAAAACGCCAGUGCUCAGGACACCUGCCAACCAAGACACCGACGAAUACGACCGAGACGCUGUCUUGCGCAAAGAAUUGGAGGGCGUGCGCACCAUCAACGCCUCGAUCGAGGGCAUCAUAAGCACGCUCGAGAAGGCCAAGAGCAACAUGGGUACCGUUUCCAACACCGUCGGCAACGCAUCAACGCUCCUCAACACCUGGACUCGCAUCCUAUCACAGACCGAGCACAACCAGCGCCUCAUCCUCAACCCCCAAUGGCGCGGCGCAACACAGGACAUGCAGGAGAUGGAAGCCGAGGCGCUUCAGAGGCAGCAGGCGGCCGAACGCAAGGCGGCCGAAGACGAGCGCAGGAGAGAAGCCGCCCGUCGCAAGCGCGAGGAGGAAGAGGCCGAACGCACGAGGCCGACGAUUGGCAGGACACCCAGCGUGCGAGGUCGCGGUACAGCACGGGUCAGGUCUCGCGGCACGCGUGGCGCCAUGCACACCCGCGGCUCCAGUAUCUCGGGAACCACAGGGAGCAGGAUCGGCAGGGGCGCCUCAAGCACAAGUACGCGGGCCGGAUCCCGCGGACGGGGCACCACGUAG